AUGACCACUAAUGACAUCAAUCUUGAUGGACGAUGGACUGAGACCCUGACCGGAGAGCACUUUCUGCUGAUUGACGAUGGAGAUGAAGCCCGGAUUCUUGCCUUCGCCACCUCGGGGAAUAUGACAGACCUUGCUGCUUCGGACAAGAUAUACUGUGAUGGAACUUUCUACACCUGCCCGACGUUGUUUCAUCAAAUCUACACCAUCCACGCAGAGGUUGAUGGAACCAUGACUCCUUUGGUUUACGCCCUACUCCCCGGAAAGAGCCAAGAGAUCUACAUCCGUUUCCUGAGCCUACUGAAGACAGCAAUGAAUGACUGCGACCUACCAAUGACUCCAACUACUGCGUUUGCCGACUAUGAAGUUGCCUUCCACAACGCCAUGCGACAUGUUUUUCCGGGAAUUGUCAUGAAGGGAUGCUUCUUCCAUUACACCCAGUGUAUUUGGCGCAAGGCACAGAUGACAGGACUGCAGUCAGCCUACAGGGAGAAUGGAGACAUUCGGAAGCUGAUCCGUCGGGCAGCCAUUCUUCCCCUCAUUCCAUAG